AUGUCUAAAAAAAUAGCGACUGAUAUUAUAGUAUCUCAAGUGAAUACAAAUAAUUCACAAUCAUCACGAAUUUUAAUGAACAUCGAAGAUUAUCAUCAAGCAGCAAAAGAAAAACUUUCGAAAAUGGCUUAUGAUUAUUAUCGUUCAGGUGCUGAUGAUGAAAUAACUUUACAAGAAAAUACAGCUGCUUUUCGACGUAUUAAAUUACGUCCAAAAGUUUUUGUCGAUGUUUCUCAUCAUAGUACAGAUUCAAAUAGCUGUUCUGUUAGUUUAUUAAAUGGUCAAACGACUUGUUCUUUUCCUGUUUUAAUUGCACCCACAGCGAUGCAUCGAUUAGCUGAUGAUCGUGGUGAAUUAAGUACUGCACGUGCAGCUGUUCGUGCUGGUACAGUAAUGAUGCUUUCUACAUUAUCAACAACACGUAUUGAAGAUGUUGCACAUGAACAUCAACAAGCAUUAAAAGAAUAUCCAACAUCAACAUCUCAAUUAUGGUUUCAAUUGUAUAUUCUUAAAGAUCGUGAAUUUACUAAGCGACUUGUUCAGCGUGCUGAAAAUGCUGGCUUUCGUGCUCUUGUUCUUACUGUUGAUGCAUCUCGCUUUGGUAAUCGUGAAGCAGAUCAUCGAAAUGGAUUUCGUCUACCUGAUAAUAUGCAAUUAGAAAAUUUAUAUGAUGCUGGUUUGAAAGAAGCACAAAGCGAUCAUGUAUCAGCACUAAAUGAUUAUGUUGCAAAAAAUCUUGAUGCAUCAUUAACAUGGUCGGACAUUAAAUGGUUACGACAAAUAAGUCGAUUGCCUAUUAUUGUGAAAGGCAUAAUGACUGGUGAAGAUGCUCAAUUAGCUGUUCAGGCUGGCGUUGAUGGAAUAGUCGUAUCAAAUCAUGGUGCUCGACAAAUUGAUACAACAUAUACGACAAUUGAAGUUUUACCUGAAAUUGUUGCUGCUGUUCGAGGAAUGCAUAACAAGAAAAAAGUUGAUAUUUAUAUAGAUGGUGGAAUUCGACGUGGAACAGAUGUUCUUAAGGCAAUAGCUCUGGGAGCAGAUGCUGUACUUAUUGGUCGGCCUGUUCUUUGGGGUCUUGCAGUAGGUGGAUGUCAAGGCGUUGUUAAUAUACUUGAAAUAUUAAAGCGUGAAUUUAAGCUUACAGUAAUGUUAUGUGGAUGUGCAUCUUUACCCAAUAGCAAUACGCCUUUGUCUAUCGUUCAGAUGUCAAAAUCGAAGCUCUAA